AUGGCCUUGAGGGCAGGUGACCAGAGCCAGGCUGCAAGGCAUGGGCUGAAGGAGAAGGUGCUGACGCUGGACACCAUGAACCCGUGCGUGCGGAGGGUGGAGUAUGCGGUGCGAGGCCCCAUAGUGCUACGUGCCUUGGAGCUGGAGCAGGAGCUGCGCCAGGGUGUGAAGAAGCCCUUCACUGAGGUCAUCCAUGCCAACAUUGGGGAUGCACAAGCCAUGGGGCAGAGGCCUAUCACCUUCCUACGCCAGGUCCUGGCCCUCUGUGUAGACCCGGAUCUCCUGAGCAGCCCCGACUUCCCCGAAGAUGCCAAGAGAAGGGCGGAGCGCAUCUUGCAGGCCUGCAAGGGCCACAGCCUGGGGGCCUACAGCGUCAGCUCUGGCAUCCAACUGAUCCGCGACGAUGUGGCGCGGUACAUCGAGAGGCGUGACGGAGGCAUCCCCGCGGACCCCAGCAACAUCUUCCUGUCCACAGGGGCCAGCGACGCCAUCGUGGCGGUGCUGGCCGAGCUGGCGGCCAAGGCCAAGCUCACCGAGCAGGUCUUCAACGAGGCUCCCGGCAUCCGCUGCAACCCGGUGCAGGGCGCCAUGUACUCCUUCCCCCGUGUGCAGCUGCCCCCGCGGGCCGUGCAGCGCGCUCAGGAGCUGGGCCUGGCCCCGGACAUGUUCUUCUGCUUGCGCCUCCUGGAGGAAACUGGCAUUUGCGUGGUGCCCGGCAGCGGCUUCGGGCAGCGGGAAGGCACCUACCACUUCCGGAUGACAAUUCUCCCCCCCAUGGAGAAGCUGCGGCCACUGCUGGAGAAGCUGAGCCGCUUCCACACCAAGUUUACCCACGAGUACUCCUGAGACCUGCUCCUGCUGCCCAGGGGGCUGGGCCCCUGGCUCUCUGCUGGUCUCUAAUAAAGCUGUGUAACAGUGUGA